AUGCUGAGCCAGAUCCUCGGUCAGGCCAAGAAGCACCUGAGCUUGAUCCCUGUCUUUGUGUUUAUCGGAGCUGGAAGUACUGGAGCUGGACUGUCUAUCAUGCGUCUGGCAUUAUUUAAUCCAGAUGUCAGUUGGGACAGAAAGAACAACCCAGAACCAUGGAAUAAACUUGAGCCUAAUGACCAAUAUAAGUUCUUCGCUGUGAACAGGGAUUACAGCAAGCUGAAGAAAGAAGGCCCUGGCUUCUGA